GUGGAUCAGAGAGAGACUUCAACCAAGACUAAAAACAUAUGGUAGUCCUAAAGAAGAAGAAGCAUAGAAAAACAAAAACAUGGAGCUCGAACUAGGUAUGAAGAUCACUCGAACAAAAGACGAUGUCUCUUCCUCUACAGAUUUUAGGGUUUCCAGAGAUGCUUUUGGUCAGGUGUCGCUUUCUCGAGAAACCGAGUCUGUGUUCAUUCUCACUCUCCAUCUCAAAGGAUUCAAGAAGAAGGGUAUUGAUAUUGAUAUAAACGAAGAAGGAGAUAGGAUUACUAUAAGUGGAAAGAAGAAAGUAGAAGAAAUGGUUUUGAUAAAGUGGGUGGAAUGGAAGAAGGAAACUGAGAUUCAAGAAUUCAAGAAAGUGUUUAAGAUUCCAAAUAUCGUGAAUCUUGACAAGAUCAAAGCUAGGUUUAGUGACGAAGAUGAGACUCUAACAGUUACAUUUCCCAAGAAAUUUAAGGGGAUGACUGGUUUGAAGAUUGAGGAGGAAACAGAGGAAAAAACAGAGCCAGAAGAGGAGGAAACAGAGGAAAUAACAGAGCCAGACGAAGAGAAAACAGAGGAAAUAUCAGAACCAGAAGAAGAAAUCAAAGAGGAAACAAUACCUGAGGAAGAAGAAGAAGAAGAAAAGAUUGAAGAAGAAGAAACAAAGGAUCAUGAGGAAGAAAUUGAAGAAAAAGAAAGUAAACCUAAAAAGAAGAAAAGAAAAAAGUUUUGUUUUCCAUGUGUUGCAGGAUCUACUCUGCUUAUGUCAAUUAUUGUUUUCAUUAUUCAAUUGAUUCAAUCCAAAAGAAAAUGAGAUUUAAUAUUAGGGUUUCUUUGGGUAGAAGUUUUCUUGUUUUUAAGGACAAGACCCAUUAUUUCUUACUAAUCUGUUUUGUCAAAAAAAUAAUAUAGGAUUAAUAUUGUGUAA